CAGCUUUGAUUGGCAAAAAGGCUUAGUCCUUCUGGCAAUUUUAUGGAUGAUGAAUCUGGCAAAGGAAGAAAGUGUUCCUUCAGCCCUGUUGAAAACUGCCGGAGAAAACAGCAUGAAGGUUGAAAAGGAAGACACAGCCAUUUGUGAGAAGAGGUUUUUGGAAAGAGUGGCUGAGACAGAGAACCAUUCUUCCAAGACCAAAUGGAUUGUACAGAACAAGGACGGAGCAUCCAGUUCAAUGGGAGAUGCAGUGAAGACAUGGUCAGUAUAUACAACCACAUCUCUUCAUGGUGAUGCUCCCAAAGCAGCUUUGGUGAGACCAGAUCAGGUGACAUUUGAAGAUGUGGCUGUGCAUUUCACAGAGGAGGAGUGGGCCCUCCUGGAUCCAGACCAGAGGGCCCUUCACUGGGAAGUGAUGGAUGAGAAUUUGGGUCUUGUAUCUUCUCUGAGUGGAGAUGGACAAGAUAAUGCAAAUGAAGAGGAUCCAUACUGGAUCAGUGACUUAUUCGGGAUCUCGCAUCAAGAAAUAACACAAAAAGGGAAAGAAAAGAAUAAAUGUCCUUGUGUUGCUUGCGAGGGACUCUUCACAUCUAAAGCUAGUAUUAAUCGUCACAGGAAAACCCGCACAGUAGAGAAAUCUUCCAAAGGCAGUGACCGUGAGAAGUCUCCCGGUUUCAGGAAGUGCCUGAUUUCCCAUGAGAAGAUUCCCUCCAAAGAGAAACCUUUUAAGUGCUUGGAGUGUGGGAAGAGCUUUGUCUGGAGGUCGCAUCUCAUGAUACACCGAAGGACCCACACUGGGGAGAAACCAUUUAAAUGUCUGUGGUGUGGAAAGAGUCUAAGCCGGAGGUCACACCUUAUGGAUCAUCUAAGAACUCACACCGGUCAGAAACCAUUCAAGUGCUCCGAGUGUGGGAAGAGGUUCAGUCAGAAAAGGAGCCUCACUUGUCAUCAGGCCACGCACACGGGAGAGAAACCAUUUAAAUGCUUGGAGUGUGGGAAAAGGUUCAGUCAGAAAAGAAACCUCAUUCACCAUCAAGCAACACACACCGAAAAGAAACCCUUUGAGUGUUUAGAGUGUGGGAAAAGUUUCAGUCAAAAAAGAAAGCUCACACAUCACCAGGCGACUCACACCGAGAAGAAGCCAUUUGAAUGUGCGGAGUGUGGGAAAAGUUUCUUUUGGAAAAUAAGCCUUAUGCAUCACCAAGCCAUGCACACCGGGGAAAAACCAUUUAAAUGCAUGGAGUGUGGGAAAAGUUUCAGCCGGAAAGCAGGACUUUCUUGUCAUCAAGCCGUGCACACUGGGGAGAAACCAUUUAAAUGCCUGGAGUGUGGGAAGACUUUCAGCUGGAAGACGGGCCUCACAUACCAUCAAGCGACGCAUACUGGAGAGAAACCAUUUGAAUGCUUGGAGUGUGGCAAAACCUUCCGUUGGAAGACGGGCCUCACCUAUCACCAAGCCACGCACACAGGGGAGAAGCCCUUUAAAUGCUUGGAGUGUGGAAAGAGCUUCAACUGGAAGAUGGACCUGGUUCGCCACCAAGCCAUUCAUGUGGGGGAGAAACUAUUUAAAUGUUUGGAGUGUGGGAAAAGUUUCAGCCAGAAAAGAAACCUCGCUCAUCACCAAGUAAUGCAUUCAGGGGAGAAGCCGUACAAAUGCUCCGAGUGUGGGAAGAGCUUCAGUUGGAAGAUUGACCUCAGCCGUCACCAGGCAAUUCACACAGGGGAGAAACCCUUUAAAUGCUUGGAGUGUGGGAAAAGCUUCACUCAGAAGACGGGCCUCACUUACCAUCAAGCGACACACACGGGGGAGAAGCCGUUUAAAUGCCUGGAGUGUGGGAAAAGCUUCAGUUGGAAGACAGGCCUCACCUACCAUCAAGCCACGCACUCAGGGGAGAAACCAUACAAAUGCUUGGAGUGUGGAAAGAGCUUCAGCCAGAAAAGGAGCCUCAACCACCACCAAGCCAUGCACACAGGGGAGAGGCCCUUCAAAUGCUUGGAGUGUGGAAAGAGCUUCAGUUGGAAGAUGGACCUUGUUCGGCAUCAAACGACGCACACGGGGGAGAAACCGUUUAAAUGCUUGGAGUGUGGGAAGUGUUUCACGCAGAAGACGGGCCUCACACGCCACCAAGUGACACACACCGGGGAGAAGCCCUUCAAGUGCUUGGAGUGUGGCAAAAGCUUCAGCCGAAAGAUGCAUCUCACUCGCCAUCAAGCCAAUCACACGGGGGGAACUACUUUGGGUAAAGUGAAGGAGGAAAUAAUAUCAGUCAUAAUAUAGCCUCACUUCUCAUAACUCCAGAGAAAAACCUUGGACGCGUAGAAUUGGAAGAAACUCCCAAGGGCCAUCCAGACCAACCCCAACAGAGGCCAUUCAGCCUCUGCUUAAAAACCGCCAGAGAAGGAGGCUCCGCCACACUCCCAGAUAGCAGCUUAUUCAACUGUCAAAAAGUUCUUCCUAAUGUUUGGGUCAGUGGUUCUCAACCUGUGGGUCCCCAGGUGUUUUGUCGUACAACUCCCAGAAAUCCCAGUCAGUUUACCAGCUAUUAGGAUUUCUGAGAGUUGAAGGCCAAAACAUCUGGGAACCCACAGGUUGAGAACCAGUGGUAGGUGGAGUCUUUUCCCCCGCAAUUUGAAUCCAUCGCUCUGUGUCCCAGUCUCCAGAGCAGCAGAAAACAAGCUUAGCCCUCUACUCAGAAGGGACAUCCUUUCAAAUAUUUAAACAUGUCUGUGAUGUCCCAUCUCUUUUUCUCCAAGCUAAACAUGCCCAGCUCCUUCAGCCAUUCCUCAUAGGGUUCCUUGGACACUUUCCACCUUGACAACAUAACCUUCUUGAACUGUGUUGCCUAGAACUGGUGAGGUCUGACCAAAGUGGAAUAGAGUGAGAUUAUGACUUCCCUUGACAUCCCCACCUCCGAUGAUCUAGACAUUAAAGAGAAAUUUUUAUGGAAAUCUUGUUCCCAUUUAUCAACUUCAUUGGAUCAUCUCUCCACAGGAGAUCUACCAUAAUCUCAUCUAAAGCUUUGGAACAACAACUAUAAACUCUGACUGGUUUUGUUAUGUACUCAUGGUGAGUGAUCACUGAAUUUAGUUAUAAACAAGGACAGGAUGGCAGUGGGGUGAUUAUAAUUAAUGCAUGGCUGAAAUACCAUAUAUUACUUGAGUAUAAGCUGAGUUUUUCAGCCCUUUUUAGGGCUGUAUAAACCCCCCAUAGUUUAUACUUGAGUGAGGGUCCAGGUCCACAUAUAUUUGGGUCGGCUUAUACUCAAGAGUUGGACAGUCUUAUUAAAGUCUUAAUUUUAUCUUAAAUUACAGUUUUAUGUAAAUAUUCAAAACCGUUUUAACCUACUGAUACCUCAAUUAAUGUAAUUUUAUUGGCACCUCUUUUUAAUUUUGAAAUUUACCAGUCGCUGCUGCAUUUCCCACCCUCAUCUUAUACUUAAGUCAAUAAGUUUUCCCAGUUUUUUUGUGUGGUAAAAUUAGAUUCCUCUGCUUAUACAUGGGUCAACUUAUACUUGAGUAUAUACGGCAAUUAAAAAAAACUAAUUGGGGAAAAAGAAUUCAUAAAUAUUCCUACUUCAGAAUGAGUUUUGUCACCAACCACUUUGAACCCACUUGGGACAAAAUCAGGAUAUAGGUUGAAUAAUCCAAGAUAAAUAUCCAGAAGAAAGCAAAAAUAUUUUUAACAAAUCUUUACCUUUUGGUUUGUCAGACUUUUUGGGUAAUGCCACAAAAGAAUGACUACUCUUCCUUUCUGAAAAUGAUAUAAAUAGUCUUUUGUGGAAUUCCAAGGAAAGCAUAACUUUAAAAUGCUAGAUAAUACAAAAUUGUGAAUUUAGAGCUCUGAAGAUAGGACUCUUAUGAAAUGAAAUGAAUCCAAACUGAAUGGUAGGUGCUCACUGAAUUCUGUAUAACAUAGAUCAAGAAUUAUUUGCAGUGUUCCCUAACAUAAAUGAUUUGAGUUUGAAGCCAUCCUCAAAUUAUAAGGGUCUGUGAUUUUAUAGAAGGGAGGAAUAGAAUGAACAUUAUUUUGCUCUGAAUUACAAAAUAUAACAUUCUCUUUUCUUAUCGGUUGAGCUUAGUUGGCAAUGGGCCACAACAUUUAUGUGAAAUAUAAACAGUAGAAAAAACAAAUAAUAACUAAAUGUAGAAAUACCUAUCCAUGUAGCUAUAUAUAGGAGAUUUUGAAUUAUGUUGUCAAAGUUAUGAGUAAGUCAUCCUACCUUAUCGAUAUAUAUUUAACCAAUGCCUAAGGCUCAUUUUAAGCCAGGGAUAUUAUCAGCAUGUGGAAUGGCAUUUCAAAGACUUGACUGUGAUCUAAUGUUAAGAAAGACCAUAAAUAUGAGCACAGCAUUCAGAUUGAUUGAAAUGCCCCAGAUGUUACUGCUGUCUUUUCUAAUUUGUUAAUCCAAUUUGGGAGUAGGUAUAUAAAAUGUCCAUGAUCAUGCCAGCAGCUGACCGGAAAUGUUCUGUCAUGACAAAAUGUGUAUGGAUAUCCCAAAAUAAAAAUAGGAAAAAAACAGGAAUGUAGGUCUUCAAUUGGUAGGGAUGUAUCCACUGUCUUUUUCGGUCAUUUGUUGUAAAGGAAAAAUAAUCAUGUGAUGAAAGGGAGUAUAGUACAAUGCUCUUACCCACUGUUUUGAUAUUCAUGACUUCACUUAUCCACACUACAACAAAUACUCUCAUCCACAAAACUUCUUGGUACUGUCUGAAUAUUCCAAUGUGAUUCUGUGAUAUGCUUCUUCCCCAAAUAUAGUCAAAAUAUAGGGUUUAGUAUUACCCACAGUUUCAGGAAUCCAUAGAAAAGUGUCUUGGAACAUAUCCUUCCAAAGUACAGCAUUCCUACAUUGAUCACCGAAUCCUAGAGUUGGAAAAGACCUCAUGUGCCAUCCCGUUCAACCCCCUGCCAAGAAGCAGGAAAAUCACAUUCAAAGCACCCCAGACAAAUGGCCUUCCAGCCUCUGUUUUAAAGCCUUCAAAGAAGGAGCUUCCGCCACAGUCUGGGGCAGAGAGUUCCACUGCUGAACAGCUCUCACUGUGAGGAAGAUCUUCCUAAUGUUCAGGUGGAAUCUCCUUUCCUGUAAAGGUGGAAUCUCCUUCCCAUUGGUCAUUAACAUUUCCUUUGCUUUUUUUGAGAGUAAUAGUCUGAAUUUUCAAAAAUAUGUUUAAUGAGAUUUGGUUCACAGAGUUAAAAACAAACAGAAGGCAACAGUAAAAAUACUUAAAAUUCUUGUUAUUGUGUGUCUUGAACUUAUUUCCAAUGUAUUCCCACCCUAAGGUGAACCUACCAUGGGGUUUUCUUGGCAAGAUUUGCUUAGAGGGGAUUUGUCUCUAGAAGGCAAUGUUAAUAUUGUGAAUGUGACCAGUGUUCGCCUUGAGCCGGACAAAAUUUGAACCACACAGGCCUGUGAUCAGAGCUCUAUUUAAGUCUAAAAGUUUCUUAGCCAAUUGUAGUUGUUUGCUUGGCGUACUUGGAAGUGUUAUUUUUGUGAUUUACAAAUGUAACAUGCCAGACAUGAUGACAAAUCACCAUGUAACAAAAACCAAAGGGAAUAAAAACAUAAUGACAGAAGUGCA